CCUAAAGCUAAGCUGAUAUCAUGUGGAAGAGCUAUGAAUGUAUGACAGCUCCUGAAUCGGAGGUCUGUUUCAUUAGCUCUGUCUCGUGUCGAAUGCAUCUGACCUAACAUCGGACAUUAAUCAGUUUGGAAAAGAUGAAGCCCCCCCGUAUUACAUCAGAGAGCUGCUGCGCAAAGAUCUACACAGCUCAUUCUAGCAUGUCUGUUUCGACAAGUAUUUCCCCCAAGCCGCUGAUUGGCUCCAACUAUGUCAUCGUCUGUGCUACGCUGGACAUUCCGUUAAUGGCUAUAUCGACGCGCACUGACGAUUGAUGCGACGUCGAUCCGCGAUUCCUUCGAUGGCGGUUUCGAAGAUCCAUGAUUCAACAUUGUUUGCCGUUGUGUUGUGUAAUUAUCCUUUGUAGAUAAGAUCUGUUGUGUCGGUGUACCACGGUUCACUACGGAUGCGAAAUCC